CGGAGCUUCAGAUGGACUGCAACAACGCGCCUCAAAGCCCAACGACGUCACACGCAUCUUCAAUCGCCUUCAUUCGCUCAUCUAUAGCGUCGCGUAUUCUUCAAUCAUGGCAGACCGUGCAGCUAAGCGCUUGCGCCGGGUGAGCACCGAGUACGAGGAGUCGGAGGAUAACAACGAGUGGAACAACAGCAGAGCCCCUACCGCCACAUCAACACGUCCGCGCCGCGGCACAGCAGGCCGCAACGAUGCGCCCUCUGCCACCAUUCAGCGCUCUUCACCAGAAGAGGCACGACAGUCACUCUCCCUAACCGUCAAGUCGUCACCCAACAAGCUGCGUCAGGCCACAGGCGUACCAGCUGUUGGCCAGGGAACCCUCAGCCGCAACAACAUCGUCUCAGGAAAACGCGCGCGGACCAGCAGAGUUGUCCGCGAGAUAGACAGCGAAGAAGACGAAGACGAGGACGACAACGAAGAUGAGGCAGACGAGGUCAGCGCCAUGGAUGUUGACGACGAGGAAGAGGACGGUGACGUAGAUGCUGAAGGCAGCGAGGAGGACGACAUGGACGCUGAGGGCGACGGAGACGACGAAGACCCCAUUGUUGUACCCACAAGCAAAGCCAUACCAGUGGCCUCAAAACCCAAGAUCAGCGUUACGAAAGCACAAGACACUGUGGAAGCCAAGGAGAUGGUCAUGUCGGACGACGACGAGCUCAGCGAUCCUGACUCUGAUCUCGAGGACAUGGAGGACGCAGAGGGUGAGGAUGAGGACGCAGAAGGAGAGGACGACGAUGAGCUAGGUGGCCCAGAGGGUGAUGUCGACAUGGACAGCGAUGAGGACAUGAGCCGUGACCAAACACCAGACAUCAGCAAGCUUACACGGCGACAGCGAGCGGUGCUGGAGCAGGAGGAGGAUGGCAGUCUCCUCGCGCUUAGUAACGAGGCGCAGAAGAAGAAGCACCUCACAGCUGAAGAGCACGCCAUGAGACGAGCAGAGAUGGCAAGACGAAGAAAGAACCUGAGCGAAAAGAGGAACGAAGAGGAGAAGCUGGACACCAUCAACCGACUGCUCAAGAAGCAACCACCCAAACGGGGACGUAAGAGCGCAGCCGCUGAUCUUGAUGAAUCGGGUCAAGAGGUAGACGCCGAGUCAGAUCGCGCGAACCCGCUUUUCGUACGAUACAUCCAGAGUGCUAAGGGCACCCAACUCGCUGUGCCUGACGAGUGGCUUCAGGCACCUGUGGGCAGCUUGUUCGCAGGCAAGACAGAGCCUGCGGGGCAGUCCCCAUGGAGUGGAAGGAUGGUUGAGGAGGUUGCAUGAACGGACUCUGUUAUAAUACAGACGACACGUCGAUUGAAUUGAAAACAGAGCACUGAGAACAGGACGGUACAACAGUAACCGAAGGUAGACGUUCAAGCGAAGGAAAGGGAUUGUAACAAUGCACAACGAUUUCCCCUUGGGACUCAGCAGACCACUGAUGGCUACUUAGCGAUAUCAAACGGCGCGGAUACAGUGCAACUUCCUUCUUUUGUCUUGAUGGUUCAGGUCCGCCGAAAGUGUGCAGCCCAAGGAAUGGCGUAUCAGUCGCGUUGUAAACAUCAG